AUGUCCUUUUGGUCCGGUUCGCACACUGCGGCCGACCAUUGCAACACUUCAAUGGACACUUACAAUCUUCCCCAGGCCCACGGCAUAGACAAGCAUCGAAUCGCCGAGCCAGGAAACAUGGCCAACUUCCUUUCCGAGGAGCUACAAGCACUGAAUGCACAUAGAUCACAAGGGAAAGGCAUGGAAGGCAAGGUCGGCGACCCGGACUAUGCGCUGCAGCUAUACAGAUGGGAGCUCGAAGAGGGCAUACAAAUCCUAAGGGACGGCAUAAUGGGAAGGAGCAACGCCGACGCCGUUCAGACUGACCGACACAUCUUGGCCGAGGGGUCUCAAGCGGAAGACGUCGCCAUACGCGACCGCUCGCUGGCGCAAAAACUGUCGGGGCAGGAGCAGUGCACAGCGGGCCUUGCGGACGGCGGCGACGUAGAGGAGCCGGCGAAGCUAGCAGCGUCAAACAACUCUAAAGAAGAGAGCUCGGCGGUGCUCGUUAAAAAGCUAAACGUUGGAACGGCCCAGUCAUCAGCGCAUAGGGGCGUGAGGAGGCGGACGGAAGGAACGGUCGACCAAGUAUGCGAGAUAUGCGGCGAGGAGCAGAAGUCCUUCGACGUGGCGCGGCUGUGA